AUGGGUCCCGUUGCUGGAGGCGGGGUAGACAGAAGCACAUGUGCAUCCGCGAGCAAAGCAGAGGUUAAGGUAGUUGAUCAUGGUCCCGACCAAGCUUUGUAUAUCGCCACCGUCCAGCCUGUUGAGACGAACAUAGAGGCACAUGAUUUGCUUGCGCGCAAUCUUGAGGAACCACUUGGCCUUGGUAAGGAGAUAGCUUGGGCGAAGGCCAAGGCUUGA